GGCCGGACCCAAGCAGAGCCAGCCACGCCAACACAGAGCAAGCAGAGCGGCCCGAGCAAGAAGAGAGAGAGCGCCUGCGCCAUGGCUACGGCGGUUGUGAAGCGUGGCUACGGCGGCUACGACGACUACGACGGCUACGACUGUGGCUACAGCAAGCCGCAGGUGAACUACCACCGCCAGAACACCGAGUACGUGACCACCGUCGUCACGGAGAUGAACCGCAUGACCGUCAACGACAAGCCCAGCUGCGGCGGCGCCGGCGCCGGCGUGCAGAAGCAGGCCGCCUACAAGGAGAAGGAGGAGGUGUUCGUGGAGCACGACAAGGGGGCGUCGUACGGGGGCUGCCACGGUGGCGGCGCCGCCGUGCACAAGCAAUCCUCCUACAAGGAGGAGGUGUACGAGGGGGCCGCCGCCGGCGUGAAGAAGGAUGCCUACUACAAGCAGGAGAAGUACGGCGAGGCGGCCGGAGGGUACGGCGAGGCGGCCGGAAAGUACGGCGGCGGCGCCGUCGUGAAGAAGCAAGGAGGAUACAAUAAGCAGGAGGCUUGCGGGGAGACCGACACGGGCCACUUCGGUGCCGGCGCCAUGCAGACGUACGCCUACGACCAGCAGGCGGCGUACGGCGGCGGCGUGCAGCAGCACGGCUACCAGAAGGACGCGUACGGCGGCGGAGCCGCGAAGAAGAACAGCUACAAGCACGAGCCGUCGUACGGCGAGUGCGACGCGGCGGAGUAUGGCUCUCGCUACGGUUACGGCGGCGGCGCCGUGCAGACGAACGGCGCCUACAAGCAUCAGAAGUACGGCGAGGCCGAAGCCGGAGGGUACGGCGGUGCCUACUACGGUGGCGCCGGCGUGAAGAAGCAAGGCUACAAGAAGGAGACCUACGGCGAAACCGGCGCGGGCUACGGCGCUCACUACGGUGGCGGCGGCGCCAUGGAGCAGCACGGCUACCAGAACCAGCACAAGGAUGCCUACUACAGCGGAGGCGUGAAGAAGAACAACUACCAGCACGAGUCGUACGGCGAGUGCGACGCAGGCUACGGCGGCUCUCACUACGGUGGCGGCGGCGCCGUCCAGAAGUACGGGUACAAGCAGGACGUGUACGGCGGCAAAGCUGCCGGAGGGUACCCUCUCCACCUCGGCGCCGGCGGCGCGUACGGCUACGAGGCGCACGGGGCGGCGCGCAAGACGGGGUUCGCCGGCGGCUACAACCACAAGGCGUACGACUACGAGAGCGAGAGCGAGAGCGAGAGUGAGAGCGACUCUGACGAGAGCGACUGCGAGGAGGCGUUCCCCCCGCGCGGCCCCACCAAGCAGGGCGGCGUCCACGGCUACGCGGCGGCGUACCAGCACGAGAAGCACGGGGCCGGCAGCAACCUCGGCGGCGUGCGGCGCUACGAGUCCUACGAUAGGCACGAGGAGGUCGGCGGCGGGCGCCGCUACGAGUCGUGCCAGAGCACCACCAAGGAGUACACCGGCGGCGGCGGCUACGGCUACGGCACGUGCUCCCCGCUCAGCUACGGCGCGUAGGCAUACGCCCCCGAUCCAGUUGUCCUCUGCCAUGUCGUACGUGUGCCGGUACUUGGUGGGAUUUGUUGCCGGUGAUGCAGCUAAAUAACUUAAGUAUCUAUCUAUCUAAAAAUAAGAGAUGUACUUUCUGCCACCCUAAGAUAAUAAUGUAUGAUGAUGAAACUCAUGAACGUGUAUGGGUGAUAUGGCAGAGCAGGUCUGUAAAGCUUCUUCACCUCGCAGUCUACCAUUUCCAUCUGGUUAGAACAUGAAAAAAAAAGUUAUCUGA